AUGUUUAUGAAAAGGUUGAAUAAAAAUGUUUUUUCCAUAUUUAAAAAAUACAACUCAUCAUACAUUUGCUUUGAUGAAAAUAAACAGAACUUGAAAAAAUUUUGUAAUAUAAAAAACAUCGAGUUAAGAAAAAAUGUGCAUACCAAUAAAAUUGAAAUUUUCAUUGAUGACAAAAUUUUAUUAACUAAUAGGAAAAAUGUUUUCUCCUUAAAAAAUGAAGAUUUGUGUUUAUUAAUAAAAUUGGAAAUUUUGAGAAAUAAAAAUAAUAUGGAUGUUUUGAAAACUCCUAUAACGUUAUGUGUGAAUAACUUAAUCGAUUUUGUAAAUUUAAAAGAACAGAAUAUCUUACCAAAAAAUUAUGACCAUAAAUAUAAUAACAAAGGUGAUAGUGAAUUCAACAGAGGUGAUAGUGAAUACAACAAAGGUGAUAGUGAAUACAACAAAGGUGACCAUUUUAACGAUCAUAAUUAUAUUAAUAAUAAUAAUAAAGAGCGCAUUUUGUAUUUCUUUGAAAUAGAAAGAACCCUUAUGGAAAAAAAAAUAUAUGAAAAUUUUAUUAAUGAUCUUAUUUUUUAUACAAAUAAUAAUGAAGAACAUGCUUUUAAUAUGCACAAAAAUUCUCUACAUGAUUUAAAAAAAAAAACUAUUCAUUUACCAAACUGUUUAAAUUAUAUUAAUAAAUAUAAUAUUAAUAAUAACUUAUAUCAAGAACAAAAAUAUAUCUAUAACAAAUUUAUUAAUCUCUUUGAACGUAUUCAUAAUAUUAAGUUAAAUAUAGCUAAUCAUUUCGAAACACCUGAACAAAAUUUUGAUGUUCAGGAAAAAAUACAAAAAUUAAUAAAAAACAUGAACAAUUCAGAAAUUUUCUUAUUUUAUAAAUGCACACAAUAUUUGAAUUCAUUUAUAUUUACCUAUUUAUUUUUAAAUAGGUAUAUAAAUUAUAAGGAUGUUUAUCGUUAUUGUAAUUUGGAAUAUAUAUAUCAGUUUUUUAAAUGGGGAUAUGUAUAUGAUGUAAAUAUAAUGAAGGAUGCCAACACACUCUUGAUGUUAUCAUCCCUUCGUUUAAUAAACAAAAUGAUACAAUGA